AUUUUCCCCACGCGAUACAAUUGCUACGAUGGGAGUUCGAGGAGAAUGGCAGUGCUUGAUCACGGCCCAUGAAGACGCGUCGCAAGAUGGAACAGACCGCGUGAAUGAGUACUUCAUGAUGGAAAAUCUCGGAAAAGGUGCUUUUGCAAAGGUGAAGCGAUGCGAGCGCCGCGUCGAGAACACGAAUCCAAGGUCGUUUGCGGCCAAGAUCAUGUCCAAGUCGGCGCUGCAUCGGAUGAAGGAAUACGUACGAGAAGGCGAAUCGAUGCGUGUAGUGACUGCACUUGACAAAGUGGAGGCUGAGAUCGAGAUCAUGAGGACGUUGUACCAUCGAAACAUUGUCCUGCUCUUUGAAGUGAUCAAUGAUCCGGCCAGCGACAAAAUCUACCUUAUCUUGGAGUACAUGUCCAAAGGACCGUGCAUGGUGUACACGCCCGCGUCCAAGACAUUUCAUAGCCCGAUUACAGGUGGCCCGUUGACAGAAGAACUGGCGAAGGAACACGUGCGAGGCAUCGUUCAAGGUGUCAAGUAUCUACAUUCUCGAGGCGUGUGCCAUCGCGAUAUCAAGCCCGAUAACAUUCUCUUGAACGCAGACAAUCGGUGCCAUCUCUCAGAUUUUGGGUGCGCGCAGUGCUUCCUCCCGACGGACAGGAUUACAAACACAUUGGGGACUUUUCAAUUCUUCGCCCCCGAAUGCUGUUCUGGUGAUCCGUUCGACCCAUUCCUGGUAGAUGCAUGGGCCAUCGGGGUGACGCUGUUUACGUUCCUGUUCGGCGUCUUGCCAUUCGACGCACCGACACCGAAGGACCUCUUUGAUUCUCUGCUGGAGAAUCCCGUCCAGAUGCCAUCGUCCACCUCGUUCUCGUCUCUUUGCUUGAACUUCCUUCAGUUGUCCCUCCAGAAAGACCCGUCCCAACGCAUGACCGUCCUCAGCAUGGAGCUCCAUCCGUGGCUCGCGGUCGUCGAGGACGACGAUGAGCCGCCGUCAUUUUGAAGCAGGACUGCCAAAACUAAUACACCCCCAUGAAACGAUGAACCUGUA